AUGGAUUCCGGACCUCAAGCGAACGACCACGCAGACGGCGACGACGGUGAAACCGAGCAGAAGGUGGUCGAGGAGAUACCUUCUCUCUGCAUGAACUGUCACGCCGACGGCACCACUCGCCUUCUCCUCACGCGCAUACCUUUCUUCCGCGAAAUUGUCAUCAUGUCCUUCGCCUGCGACGAGUGCGGCUUUCAGAAUAACGAGAUCCAAUCAGCGGGUGAGAUACAGCCCAGGGGUGCAAAGUACGCCUUCCGUGUAGAGAGAGAUGCAGACUUGCAGAGGCAGGUGGUUAAGAGCGAUAUGUGCGUCUUCCGCAUUGAAGAUUUGGACUUGGAGAUACCGGCGGGCAAAGGGCAGUACUCAAAUGUUGAGGGGGUGGUUAGUGGUGUGAAAUCGGAUUUGGAGAGCAACCAAGCAGAGAGGAUGGAACAGAUGCCGGAGAUUGGCGAGCAGGUGGCUGGGGUGAUACGAAGUCUGGGAGAUAUGCUUGAAGGACGCCGGUAUCCGUUUACGGUGAGUGCUGAUGAUUCAAGCGGAAAUAGCUGGAUUGAGCCGAAGCCUGGCGAAGCGGCAGGCAAGUGGGUCAAGAGCGAGUACAAUCGGACAAUGCAGCAGAACGCCAUGCUCGGUUUAGGCGAUGAUGGGCCCAUGCCAGGCGAGCAAGCAUCCUCACAGCCUACUUCUGCGCCAGAUCCCGAGAUCAGACUCGAGUAUCAUGGUCAUAACCUAGUAGGCGGCCAGCCAAGUGCCGACGCACCCACCACCAACAACGUCGAUGUCUCCGCCGACGAAAAUAUCGUUGAGCACCAAGUUUACUCCUUCCCUGCGUCCUGCCCCGGUUGCACGCGCCCUUGCACCACCAACAUGAAGAUGGUGAACAUACCCUACUUUAAACAGGUGGUGUUGAUGAGCACAGUCUGUGAGCACUGCGGCUAUCGCUCGAACGAGGUCAAGACAGGUGGAGAGGUGCCGGAGAAAGGGCGGAAGAUCACGCUGCGCGUGCGGAGCCAGGAAGACCUUGCAAGGGAUGUGCUCAAGUCGGAGAGUGCGAGUUUGAUGGUGGAGGAGUUGCAGUUGAGAGUUGAGCCGGGCACAAUGGGCGGGCGCUUCACCACGGUGGAAGGUAUACUGACCAACAUUCGCAAGGACUUGCGUGCGCAAGCGUUCGGACUUGAGGACGGGGAUGCGCCAUUACCUGCGAAUGGCGUCGGUGAUUCUAUAUCUGCUGACUCGAAGCGAAGCUGGGAUCAGUUCUUCGAUUCGCUCACGGAGGCGAUCGAGGGCAGGAAGCAGUUCACAUUGGUGCUGGAGGAUCCCUUGGCAGGGAGCUAUGUGCAAAGCUUGACGGCGCCGGAGCCCGAUCCGCAGAUUGAGUCCGUGGAGUAUGACAGGACCGAGGAGGAAGAGGAUGAACUGGGACUGAGUGAUAUGAAAACCGAAGGCUACGAGGUCCGUGAAGCGGAAACUUGA